UCAUCCACCAUUUACAAAUACCAUUUAUCCUUGACACAACAGCCUUCUACAGUCCUCUCUUUCAACUCAUUGGGUAAACAAACAACGAGGCGACGGAUUUCUCUUUUUAAUCAAUUUUCAUCUCUUUGGAACUAUACACUAUGAAUGGCACCAGUGCAGGUCCUCAUCAUCCCCACCCUACGCAAGACUUUAACCCCAUCAACCAAGAAGAAAAAACCAUCACUGCGGUUAAUGACGAUACCUCAACUAGCAACAAGAGAGGGAAAGGCAAAGGAGGACCUGACAAUAACAAAUUCAAGUUUCGAGGAGUUAGACAACGCAGUUGGGGCAAGUGGGUGGCCGAGAUCCGAGAGCCGCGUAAACGGACACGACGUUGGCUCGGCACAUUUGCAACUGCUGAAGAUGCCGCUCGAGCCUAUGACCGUGCCGCUAUUAUACUCUAUGGUUCGAGGGCUCAACUCAAUCUACAACCUUCUGGUGUAACUACUAGCUCAGCCUCUUCUUCCACGUCUUCUAGACGCUCUAGUUCAUCCUCUACUACCCAAACUCUUCGUCCUUUACUUCCUAGGCCUUCUGGAUUUGAUUUUUCUUUCUCUUCUUCUGCACAUAUACCUCCAAUUUCUCCCUCCACAAACGUAUUGGCUGGUGGUAAUUACGUACCGUAUGAAUUUUACCCUGCCGUACAAUAUGCUGACAUGGCACAAAACCCUCAACAAUAUGUACCUUGUGGUGAUGACGUAUAUAACGAGAGUGCGACCACUAAAGCAUGGACGGUAUGUUCUGAUUCAAACCCUAACCCUGGACAUCAACAACAAGAGGAUAAUAAUCAACAAUAUCAGCCGCAGCAGCAACAAAAUUGUUUGUAUGACGAGAUAAACACUUUAGUUGGAUCAGUGGGUCCAUCUUUGUCCCUAUGUUCGACUCAAAUGGUGAAUGCCGCACCGGUUGUUUCGGACCCCGUGGCAGCAGUGGGAUGUCCAGGGUAUCCGGUUUUGUGGCCUAAUGGUGAUGAUAAUUACCCGCCCGCUGAUAUGUGGGAUUAUGGUAAUGAUCCCUUCUUGUUUGAUUUUUGAAUGAGAAGAGACUUUGCAAUUAGAUUUGUUGUCUCGAAUAACAUGAAAGAACAGUGGAGGAGUAGUAUUCGAUAUAUAUAUAUAUAUAUAUAUAUAUAUACACACAUAUGGCUGAAGGUUGUGCUUCUGUUCAAAUAGCCGAAAUUUGCACUCCGGAGGAAAUUGCAUUUAUUCAAUUGUUGCAUGCUCCUGAAUCUCCGAGGCACAAGAAGGAUUUUCUACUGCUUUUAAAUUAGUUGGGAUAUGACGAAACAUAUAAAGGAAGAUCAUUUGUAUACUGCUUUGAUCGGGUUUUAAUUAUGUGAUGCAUUUUUUCUCUU